AUGACGCCAUCAGCUCGCUCCGUAAACACACAGGCCGACGCCGCCGACCAGAGCUCUCUUCUUGCGCCCACGACGAGUAGAGAUGGCCGCUCAGCGUCGUCGGUCGGCAUGGCCAGCUCGCGGGGCGGCCAGGCCUCGUAUGCCUCGUAUGCAACUGCCAACACAGGCCCUGGCAGCUUCAAUACCGCUCUGAUGCGGCCCUCGACGUCGCAAGACGGUCGAAUACGCCCCGAAUUCGACAUGCAUGCAAUCACCGUCGGCGACAAUGACGGCACAACCACUGAGCAGAGGCAGGCAGAGCUGCAGGACCAGAUUGAGAAGGAGACCAAGAUCAAGAUUGGGUCCGAGAACCUGCUCGAGGCAUUAAACGCCAAGAACGCAAAAGACAGCAAGAACCAGCGGUUACAGGUCGAGGAGCAGCUUAACAUAUCCAACAGAAAAUUAGCCCAGUUGCAGUCGGGCUUGGCUGCGGAGAAGCAGAGAGCAAAAGAAGUCAAAUCACCACCAGCGGACCCACAAAGCAGACUCUCAUAUCUGUUUCGUCGGAACCUCUCGCGCUCGCCGUCGCGGCACAUCGUCCAGAAAGAAGUAGGAGAAGAGGAAGAGACCGAGUCGCCAACAUUUGUUCUGGCUGAGAUAUUGCAGGCUCUGGAAAUUCAGGGCAUGCAGCCGGAAUACUAUGUAGAGAGAGCCAACUCUCUGGUCCUCCUAUUCAAGCGACAUCCUACGCUGAAGUACGACCUGGCCUGGUCAAUAUUCGGAUUACGAAUGCAAACCAUGCUUCUGAGCGAUAGCCGUGAAGUUGUUGCAGCGGCGUAUCGAGUUAUGCGCUAUUCCUUCACUGAUCGCAAGUCUCUCCGAAUUGUACGCGCUCUUCACACAGAUCAUCUUGUUAUCCUGUCAUUAGUAAAAGAGUCUAAAGCUAGUGUGGAGCGCGAGCAAGCACUGAAGUUUGUCCGUGCGUUCCUUGAUGUCAAAGGAGGUGUUGAGGAAAUCGCUCGCGCCGUGGUUCGUAUCAUCGUCGCAGUGGCUGAGCAUGCAGAAGACCGACUGAGGAACAUUGCAACGCUGACUCUAGCCGAAAUCCUUGUCCGAAAGCCAUCUCUCCUCGUGGCAGCCGGAGGCAUGGGCGCUCUGGCUGAUGCUCUGGGAGAAGGAAGCUACCACGCCGCUGAGAGUGUUGGUACUUCGUUUCUCUACCUGCUGGACACCCCUAGGAGACGUCGCUUUCUACGAUCUGGGCGCGAAUUGGAAGCGCCCUUUGCCAUGUUCACCGAUGCAAACACAACUCAUGGGCAUUUGCACGAAGAGAAGUUGAAGGUUAAUGCCAAGGUCAUUGCAUCCUUGCUCCGCAGCUGGCCUGGACUGCUCACACUAUCUAUGAACGACUUUCUUCCCCUCCGAUCCCUGCUUUGGUCCUUACAAAUCCCCACUCCCCAUGUUCGGAACAUCAUCUUGGAACUACUAUUUGACCUCCUCAGGAUCAAACCUCCCUCUUGGUCUUCGUCUUUCCUUGCUGGACGACGAUUGACUACGUAUGGUCGCGUCACAAAUCUGAAGAAUCAGCAGAUCAAAGAUGCUUCAGCUUCCAACAGCGCUGAGGAUGAUACCACCAAGUGGAGUCUACUAGACCAUUACGUUUCCGUAGUUUUGGCAGCAUUUCUGCACGCUGGGUUGAUGCCAGCACUACUACAAGCUGAAGAAGAUUCUUUGACAUUGCCAUUAAAGCGUAAGACGACAUUGCUGAUUGGCGAAGUUUUGAAGAUGGCGAACGAGUUGCUGCCCCCAUCAUGGAGCGCGCAGCUUCAGGUACUCCCACAGCUUCUUCAUUCAGCAGCGCGGUUCGACUCCGAAGACCGCUUUGUCGCGAUUGGUACCAUAUAUCAAGUGGACAGCAUCAACAGAACUCUAUAUCGAUCCGGACCUACAUCUUUGUACAAUCCUAAAAGUACUGCGAUGUCUGACAGUACCUCGACAACCAGACAAAGUGACCAUGCGGCAAAGUUGCAAGCCGCUAUGCAGGUGGAUGAGGCUCAAUUUCGCAAUUUGAUGGUCGAGACUCAAGUAUUGAACACGGUCACGUUCACAAAAUGGAAGUGGGAUCUCAUUUUGAAUAUCAUCGAAGGUCCACUACUCAAUCCUAAACGCCUAGACGAGGCUAUCAAAGUAACCAAGUUCAUACAUCGCGUCUUAGGUUUCUAUCGACCAUUUAAGUAUCGUUUCUCCGAGAUCAAAAACACCAAACCAAACCAACGAUACGUACGAGCCGGGUGCGCCUUGAUGCAGAGCCUUCUACAAAACCCCGAAGGUGUCAAAUACUUGGCCGAGAGUAAAUUUAUCCGUCAGCUUGCCGAGUGCUUAUCGCAUUUCGAUCGAAUGAGCGGUCUGACCUCUGAAUCACCCAUAUUCCAGACGGACCGUAUGAAUGAGACGCUUACUGGUGGCUACUUUGCGCUCUUGGGUGCUCUAACUAAAGACGCCCGAGGUAUCCAUAUUUUGGAAAGAUGGAGAGUGAUCAACAUGUUCUACCAUAUCGUCGAGCUCAAUGAUCGCGACGAUUUGAUCCGGACUCUUCUGAGUAACAUGGACUACACCUUAGACGGUCAUCUACGCCUCAUCAUCUCUAAAGCGAUGACAUCAUGCUCUAAGGAGAUUAGAAUAUUCGCAACUAGGUUGUUGCGCAAAUAUGCAACAAAGCCCAUGGGGGCGAGCAGCUCUACAGGUGUAGCGGAAUGGGCCAUCAGGUUGCUUGUAACGCAGCUUUACGAUCCAGACGUGGAAGUCUGUGAGGUCGCAAUCAAGAUAUUAGAAGAGGCUUGCAAUCAGAAAGAGUCGCUGGAGUUUGUGGUGAAAUGCCGUCCGGCUUUGGAUCAUUUGGGAGAGAUUGGUGCUCCACUCUUACUUCGGUUCCUCUCAACUUCGGUAGGCUACCACUAUCUGGACGGAUUGGAUUACAUCACGAGGGAGAUGGACGACUGGUUCUUGGGAAGGAACGAUACUUACGUGGCCUUGAUCGAGGCCUCGAUGGCUCGCGCACUUGCGGACAUACCCGAAAAACCGUCGACUCAGUUGACUUACGACGACGCGCCUGAACCAACCGAUUACGGUCUUGUGCCACCACACUUCUACCGAGAGCUGACAAGGACCAAGGAGGGAUGCAAGCUACUCAAGCAGAAAGGCCAUUUUGACGAGUUCGCAGCGACCAUUCGAGACUUCGCAUCGGAGAACGACGAUCCCGAAAUCAUACUCAAAGUCAAAGGCUGCUUGUGGGCGGUUGGCAACGUCGGCUCGAUGGAACUAGGUGCGCCGUUCCUUGAGAAUUCGGACGUGGUCAAGUGGGUCGUGCAGAUUGCCGAGCAGUCAGAAGUCAUGUCGCUCAGAGGUACAGCCUUCUACGUGUUGGGCCUGAUCUCUCGAAGCCUCCAUGGUCAGGAAAUUCUGCUGGAAUAUGGUUGGGACGGCGUCGUCAACGACUCUGGUGAGGCACUAGGAUUUUGCCUACCGUUAAACUUCAACAAGCUCUUUGCGAUGACGCCCUGGGUUGCCCAAGCAGAAGACAUGAGCUGGAAUCCCAAUGCCGAAAUCAAGGUUGCCGUCACCGACAGAGACCCAGUAAACGCGCGGAUCUUGAAGCUUGCUACUGACCUGGGUAAUACGGUGCUUGCCAAGAAGGCAGCAAAUGACCUACAGGCAAUCAAAGCUAGGAAGGCACCUGGGUUUAGUAAGCCUGCAAUCUUCCACAAGGUAAUGCAGAUACUAGAAGCACAUCACUUCCGCCUCCCAGCAUGCCGGUUCAUGCUAGACCUGUUUGACAAACGGGUCCUCGAGCAGAUUGUGCUAGAGGAAGAAGAUGACCAGGAAGAUGAAUCGAACAGCGAGUCAGAGGUCGGCUCGGACGUAGACCAGGCCGCGACAACCAGUGCACUCAGGACAUCGUGAACUGGUGUUCGCGAAAACGAAUCCGAAGU